UGCGGUCCGCGCUUAUUUACAUCGAAUUUCCAGCUGUCGUCUGCGUUAGUAGUCUGAUGAUCAGAAUUGUGCAGGGAAUAUGCAGUGCAUCGAUACCCGAGGCAGCUUCUUCGGAGCGUCGCCACAGCAUCCAUGCUAGGAGGUAUGCUCAAGGAGGGCGCGUUGAUCCCAGUGCUACGCAGCUUGAGGGCAUGUGUACUGUACUACGGGCCAGAUUUAGAUCAAUCCGUGCAAUGGUAGUGGCUACGGCGCUUCAAAGGGGACGUACUCGUAGUGGUCGUGCGACUGCUUCAGGUUUCAAGCCGGAAACUUAUCUAGCACCGGUCAAUAGCCAUGCGGAUGGAGUACCACAGCCAGAGGCCCGACACCCGGAAUCCAAGUUCAGGCUAUGAUCUCGGCAGUUUCCCAGCUUUACUUCGCCUAGCCGGUGGCAUCUUUCGACAGCCUGCUCGAAGAGUACAAAGCGAAGACUCAAGAUGACACAGGCUCGCACUCUGUCCUGCUCCCCAUCUAUAGAGCCGCCCAUGGUCCGUUGCAUCGGUGAUCGGAUUGAGGCCUACUAUCAUGGGGAGGGGAACCUCAUCAAUCCUGUACUCACAGGUUUUCCCUUCGCCCUCGCGCGCAAAUCGCAUAUCGACCCGUUCCAGUACGUGCUGGUGUCUACCUGGGGCCCGAGCGCCUUUGAAGUCUGCUACGUCACUACCCUUAACUCCACUUCACCCGCCGAGCUCUCUCCCCAUGGGAAGCCACUGUUGUGGGUUGUUCCGGACAUCGAGAUGACGCCGUCGCGAGUACCUGGCGGUACGCUUGACGCGCUGCUCGCUAUCAAUUACAAACGCCCCCCGCUGCGUUUGACAGGCGGUAUGCGGUUGGACGCGCGUGCGCCGGGAGGGCGGGCACUGCAGGCGGAGGUAUUGCUCGAGGAGGACGCCCUGCUUCGAGUAUGCUGCUACUGUGGCUGCGUGGAGCGGGCAAAUCAUAGCACCCAGUUCGAGAGGUGCGGUGGGCGCGGCUACAACUCACUGUACUGGUGCCUUGAGUGCUCGAGAAGAACAUUCAUGGGCCGUGCGCUGUUGUUGCUCGCUCGCAAGCUGUCAUCGCGAAAUCGCAGAUGAACAUUUUGGGUGAGAUAUUCGCGCCGUGUUUGCUGUCUGUAUGGUGAAAUCUAUAUUCAGGGGUUAUCGUCUCAGAAUUUCUGUCCUAAAUCGGCGCAAGUGUGCGAACGCUAGUGAUCCUUACAUCGAGAGCCAGAGGCAUGCAGGUCAAUGUCCGAUACGACAGUCGCAAUGCCUCCGACGCGUCCGACCACACUCCCUUGUGGAAUGUAUCCUCUAAAUGCCGGCACUGAUGCGCACGAUGUUCGGAGUUGGGGGGCGGGGCGUGCAUUUUCUCCUUUCUUCCGCAUGCGUUUGUCUGUGACUUGUAAGUUACGAUAGUCGAGACAAAUGAUAACCAUUCGGC